AUGAGCGCCCCGUCUCUCAAACCCGGACAGCAGAUCGAACUUAACGACGGGCGGAUCGCAACUGUACGCUUUGUGGGAAACACUUCCUUCCAGACUGGCGAGUGGGUUGGCGUAGAGCUUGGAGAGGCGACCGGGAAGAACGAUGGCUCCGUCAAGGGGGAGCGGUACUUUCAGUGCCAGCAGGGUUAUGGCAUGUUCUUGAGACCUGCGGGGGUGAGGAGGGUUGUUGAGGAUGUGAAGCCCAAGACUGCUGCGAGAGGUACAGCAACGGCGGGGAGGGGAAGGCCGAGCGGUGUGCAGCCAGGGUCCGGUGUGAAUGGCACGAAAAGGCAGAGCAUGAUCGGUGGAGGGGGCAGUCCUACGCCUGGCGCGAGGGGUGGGAUGAGUGGGAUACGGAGUCCGGUCAAGAGCCCAACAAAGCAGCUGGGGAGCAACGGGGUGUCUAGCACUUCCACGUCAAGGACUAGCACACCGCCUGUGGGCAGAGGAGCGGCUGCUACAGGGGCAGCGAAGCCACGACCAAGUCUAGGACCUUCGAGUACCACAGCAGGACGGCGGACGUCUACCGUGCCUUCUGCACCCGCGAGCUCAGCACCACGAUCUAGACAGUCUCUUGCUGCUCCCGCUGCGGGUGCAAGAGGACCUAGCUCUCGGCCAGCAGCAGCAGGAAAGGCACCCGCCAGUCGGGCCCCAGCUCCACCAGCAGACAGUCAAGGACGGCUCAGCUCUACGACUGAGGAGGAGACGAACGACGAUGAGAGCGAGAGGCCGGAGCUACUGUCGCCAAAAGAAAGUGAAACCUCUUCACAAGCGAGUCUACCUGGCAGGAAUGGAGUGCACGACGACGCAGACGAUACGAUAACGCAAAACUUUGCUCCACCGCCCAUACCUCCUGAUCCCGAGCCUUCACCCACCAGCACACGUCCCAGGCGGCCCUCAUCUCCCACUGGGGCUUCGAUUCAUUCGCAGAAAACGAUUCGGAGCACCGCCGCCUCGAAGCGUGAGAUUGAGGAGCUGGAAGCGAAAGUCAGACUACUCGAACGAAAGCGACUGGAGGAUCGAGACGUAAAGAAGAAUCUCGAGAAGGCACAGCAAGAGCGGGAUCAGUACAAGGGUAUCAUUGAGAAGUUACAAACGAAGUACAAGCCUCAACAGCAGGAGAUCGCGGACCUCAAGCAAGCUCUGAGUGAGUUGGAGAAGAAGGGCAGCGAUGUUGACGCAAUUCGAGAAGAGUACGACACGGCUCUUGAUAUGGCGGCGGUCGAUCGUGAGAUGGCGGAAGAGGCCGCCGAGAAUCUGAAGGCUGAUGUCGAUGCCCUUCGUGCUCAGAACGAGGAGAUGCAACUUGAGCUGGAGAUUCUGCGGGAAGAGAAUGGCGAGCUCACCAAGGAGAUGGGUCCCGAGGAACGGGAGAGCGCUGGUGUUGUGCAGCUACAGGCGAGCAAUGAUCGGUUACGGAAUGCGCUUUUGGCGUUGAGAGACAGGUCGCUGGAUGAGAAAGAAGAGUUGCAAGAACAGAUGAAAAGUCUGGAAGACCAGGUCAAGGAUCUCGACAAGAUGCGCGAAGAUCACGAAGAGGUUCGGGAAAAGCUGUUGCGGAGCGAGGCCAACACGGACGAUCUUCGCCAGCAGCUUGAGGCUGCUUUGGAGGCCGAGGAGAUGAUCGAACAGUUGACCGAACGCAACAACCGGCUUGACACGGUCAACGCUGAAUUGCGAGAUGCUAUCGAGGACCUGGAAGAUCUCAAAGAGGUCAAUGACGAGCUUGAGACAAACCAUGUGGAGACCGAGAAGCAAAUGCAGGAUGAGAUCGAGUUCAAAGACUCACUCCUCCAAGACCGUGAGCGCAUGGCGCAGACGCUGCAGGAUGCUCUGGACGACCGCAAUCAAAUCAUUAACCAAUUCCGCUCGUUUGUCAGCGGCCUGCAGACCGAGAUGGCGGACAUGAAGGCCAGCAAGGAAAUAUCGGAGACCGAAGCCAAGCAGCUUGAAGGAAAGAGCAGGGCCAUGCUGGACUUGAACUUGAAGCUGCAGAACAGUGCUGCGAAGACGCAAGUGAAGACCAUCGAUCUAGAACUUCGGAAGCUGGACGCACAAGAAGCGAGCGAGCAUUUGGCCAUUGUGCAACUGUUCUUGCCCGAAGCUUUCCAUACGGAGCGCGACAGUGUGCUGGCUUUGUUGAGAUUCAAGCGUAUUGGCUUCAAGGCCAAUCUCGUGCACGGCUUUGUCAAAGAACGUAUCGCAUCGUUCGGAUCUCGAGGGAGUGACGAAGACGUUUUCCCGGCGUGCGACGUUCUCGAUAAGCUGACCUGGAUCGCGGCAAUGGCUGGUCGCUUCGUCAACUCCAUCUGCAGCUGCUCGGUGGAGGAAUUCACAAGGUAUGACUCCGCGCUUUACGAGCUGGAGCCGGUCGAACGGGCUUUGAAUAGCUACAUUGACGGUCUGCGGAGAGAAGACCUGCGAGAACGGGAUAUGGCACAGGAGCUUCAGCGAAGCAUCGCUGUCAUGUCUCACUUGGCUAGCCUGCACGUCAAGGACGACCUUGCAAGCCAUGCGGACCAUCUGCUCAUGCGGACGCAAUGCUUGCAAAGUCAGCUCGAAAGUGCAGCGACGGCUCUGCAGCUGAGUAGAGGCAUGAUCGAGACAUACAUACCGAAGGUCUCCGAAGAAGAUGAUGAGGAUGAUGAAGGCAGUGCAUCUGACUUGGCUAUCAUUCUGACUCGUGCCGACUCACUCGUCAACCACGUGCGAAGCGCGAAGGUCAUGGCCGGGAAGGCUUAUCGUGCGUUGGAAGAUUUGCAAGAGAGAUCCCUCACGCUGGAAGUCAGCCACUCCAACGCGUUUGAGAACACGGAGAGCGUCACGACGGAAGUGACUUCUUACACCCGCCAGGCUGGAGACGCGCUACAAUCACUCUUCGGUGAGGAAGGCCGCAACGAGCUGUUCACUCCAACAGAGGUUGCCAGUGCGCUCUCCCGAGCAGCUACUUCAACUUUCGCACUUCAAGCACCUGAAGCUGGGCCUUUCUCAUCCCUCGCCAAUCGACUCCGAGAUCUCACUAAUGUCGUAACGGAGCUCGUCUCGCUGCCAACUGACCUUGACAACACUGUUGAGUUCGAGCGCGCACCUGCACCAUGGGUUGCUCGAGCCAACGAACUGAAGCAGACGAAGAUCACAUCCAUCGACACCGAAGCAGAACUCGCUCGCACAGUGGAGACACUUCACGGGAAGGAGGUGGUGAUUCGGGAGAAGGAGACCGAGCUUGAAGAGCAAAGCGUGCGGAUUGAGAUGCUUGAGGCGAGGAUGAAGGAUGCUUCCAAGCGGUCGGCGAAGAUUGCUGAGCUAGAGCGGAAUCUGCGUGAUGCUAAAGAUGCGGAGCGCAGAGCCAAGCAAGAUCUUGACAAGACGAAGGAAGAGAAGGAUAAGGAGAUCGAGAGGAUCAGAGAAGAAACCGUCCGAACCACAGACGAUCGCCGGAAACGAGGCUCUGCGCAAGACCUGGACUCAGAUGCAAUGGGCACGACAGCACGUCUGACGAUGAGGCGGCAAGAGCACAAGAUCGUCAGCCUCGAAGGCGCCGUCCGCUUUCUCAAGUCCGAGAACCACCGCCUCCGCCUUCCGUCGGCCGACUCACCACUCGCCGCCCAAAGCACGCUCGACUGGCUCCACCAGCCCUUCUCACGCCCUAAGACUGAAACUCGCAAGCGGAAAGAAGGGCUGCAGAAGGACAGCAAAGACGUGCUGCAGCAAAUGCUCGCACUCGCCGCCCGGCCGCAGGCAGUUGAUCUUACGAAGAUGCCAGAUAACAAACUGGCAUGGCGGCCAGCGAAGGAGACCAGUAGAUGGAGGGUGGAGAAGCGGAAAGAGGAGUGGGAAGGCUGGAAAGGGUGGCAGAGGGAGGUCGUUGCGGGCGUGGUAGAGAGAGGGCAGGGAUGA